AUGGAGGACACUGAGCAAACAGUGUCAAAGCUGAGUGCGUCAGCUGCGUCAGCAGAUAGCGAUAUUGCGCAGAACUCGCUCGGUGAUACCGAUAUUGCCAUCGGAGGUGGCAUAUCACCUACUCUUGGGUCCGAGGCAGAUACAUGCGCAAAAGACGUGGAGCCCGCGUUUGCUGUUCAAGCAUCAGAUGAUCGACCGAUUCGUCCUGCUCAGUCCACGUUUGAGCAGAUGCAUUCUGAUGUCAAUGUCGGUGGUGCUGACAGUGUUGUGAUGGCACAGCCGACAAUAGACGACAUGGAGGACACUGAGCAAACGGUGCCAAAGCUGAGUCCGUUGCAUGUGUCAGCAGAUAGCGAUAUUGCGCAGAACUCGCUCGGUGAUACCGAUAUUGCCAUCGGAGGUGGCAUAUCAUCUACUCUUGGGUCCGAGGCAGAUACAUGCGCAAAAGACGUGGAGCCCGCGUUUGCUGUUCAAGCAUCAGAUGAUCGACCGAUUCGUCCUGCUCAGUCCACGUUUGAGCAGAUGCAUUCUGAUGUCGGUGGUGCUGACAGUGUUGUGAUGGCACAGCCGACAAUUGACGACAUGGAGCAAACGGUGCCAAAGCUGAGUCCGUCGUAUGUGUCAGCUGCGUCAGCAGAUAGCGAUAUCGCGCAGAACUCGCUCGGUGAUACCGAUAUUGCCAUCGGAGGUGGCAUAUCAUCUACUCUUGGGUCCGAGGCAGAUACAUGCGCAAAAGACGUGGAGCCCGCGUUUGCUGUUCAAGCAUCAGAUGAUCGACCGAUUCGUCCUGCUCAGUCCACGUUUGAGCUGAUGCAUUCUGAUGUCGGUGGUGCUGACAGUGUUGUGAUGGCACAGCCGACAAUAGACGACAUGGAGCAAACGGUGCCAAAGCUGAGUCCGUCGUAUGUGUCAGCUGCGUCAGCAGAUAGCGAUAUCGCGCAGAACUCGCUCGGUGAUACCGAUAUCGCCAUCGGAGGUGGCAUAUCAUCUACUCUUGGGUCCGAGGCAGAUACAUGCGCAAAAGACGUGGAGCCCGCGUUUGCUGUUCAAGCAUCAGAUGAUCGACCGAUUCGUCCUGCUCAGUCCACGUUUGAGCUGAUGCAUUCUGAUGUCGGUGGUGCUGACAGUGUUGUGAUGGCACAGCCGACAAUAGACGACAUGGAGGACACUGAGCAAACAGUGUCAAAGCUGAGUGCGUCAGCUGCGUCAGCAGAUAGCGAUAUUGCGCAGAACUCGCUCGGUGAUACCGAUAUUGCCAUCGGAGGUGGCAUAUCACCUACUCUUGGGUCCGAGGCAGAUACAUGCGCAAAAGACGUGGAGCCCGCGUUUGCUGUUCAAGCAUCAGAUGAUCGACCGAUUCGUCCUGCUCAGUCCACGUUUGAGCAGAUGCAUUCUGAUGUCAAUGUCGGUGGUGCUGACAGUGUUGUGAUGGCACAGCCGACAAUAGACGACAUGGAGGACACUGAGCAAACGGUGCCAAAGCUGAGUCCGUUGCAUGUGUCAGCAGAUAGCGAUAUUGCGCAGAACUCGCUCGGUGAUACCGAUAUUGCCAUCGGAGGUGGCAUAUCAUCUACUCUUGGGUCCGAGGCAGAUACAUGCGCAAAAGACGUGGAGCCCGCGUUUGCUGUUCAAGCAUCAGAUGAUCGACCGAUUCGUCCUGCUCAGUCCACGUUUGAGCUGAUGCAUUCUGAUGUCGGUGGUGCUGACAGUGUUGUGAUGGCACAGCCGACAAUAGACGACAUGGAGGACACUGAGCAAACAGUGUCAAAGCUGAGUGCGUCAGCUGCGUCAGCAGAUAGCGAUAUUGCGCAGAACUCGCUCGGUGAUACCGAUAUUGCCAUCGGAGGUGGCAUAUCAUCUACUCUUGGGUCCGAGGCAGAUACAUGCGCAAAAGACGUGGAGCCCGCGUUUGCUGUUCAAGCAUCAGAUGAUCGACCGAUUCGUCCUGCUCAGUCCACGUUUGAGCAGAUGCAUUCUGAUGUCGGUGGUGCUGACAGUGUUGUGAUGGCACAGCCGACAAUUGACGACAUGGAGCAAACGGUGCCAAAGCUGAGUCCGUCGUAUGUGUCAGCUGCGUCAGCAGAAUAG